GCGGGAGGGGGGAAGAAAGCAGAAUUACCAGUAGCUCUGGUUCUCCCGUCCCGGGCGCUCACACACCUUCACCUGCACAGACUUGAAAGUCCAGUUUCACCAGAGAGACUGAGGCAGCAGGAAAAGGGGAGAGAGUUCAUUGGAUCAAACAUGUCACAAGAGACGGACAAUAACAAACGGCUGGUGGCCUUAGUACCCAGUGAGACACCAUUCAAUACCAGACGAGCCUACACAAGCGAGGAUGAAGCCUGGAAGUCAUACCUGGAGAAUCCUCUAACAGCUGCUACCAAGGCUAUGAUGAGCAUAAAUGGAGAUGAAGACAGUGCUGCUGCUCUUGGCCUGUUGUAUGAUUAUUAUAAAGUUCCCAGGGAUAAAAGGCUGUUGUCUGUUAACAAAGUGAGUGACAAUCAAGAAGACCAAGAUAAAAGAAAUUGUCUUGGCUCUAACGAAUCUCAGAGUAAUUUGAGUGGAGGAGAGAACAGAGUUCAAGUCUUGAAGACAGUGCCAGUUAACCUCUCCUUAAAUCAAGAACAUCUGGAAUCUUCCAAAAGGGAGUAUAGUACCAAUGUAUCCGGGAGCCCAACACCAGUCUCAGUGACUGGAAUCACUGUGGUAAAGGCAGAAGAGUUCACUCCUGUUUUUAUGGCACCGCAAAUCCAUUAUGUAAGGGGUGAAAAUGAGGAGCACCGGGGAGUUAUCUUUGAACAGACUCAAUAUGAAGUGCCCAACAUUGCCCCUCAUACAAACUAUCUCAAAGAUGACCAGCGUAGUACUCCUGAUAGUACUUACAGUGACACUUUCAAAGAUGGGAGAACAGAAAAGUACCGCAGUGCGUCAGUAGGGGCUGAAGAAUACAUUUACGAGCAAACAGCAAGCAGCACUUUUCAGUAUACUCUAGAAGCUACCAAAUCUCUGCGUCAAAAGCAAGGGGAAGGACCGAUGACCUAUUUGAACAAAGGACAAUUUUAUGCCAUUACUCUGAGCGAGACGGGUGACAACAAGUGUUUCCGACAUCCCAUCAGCAAAGUCAGGAGCGUGGUCAUGGUUGUGUUCAGUGAAGAUAAAAACCGGGAGGAACAGCUGAAGUACUGGAAAUACUGGCAUUCUCGGCAGCACACAGCUAAACAAAGAGUCCUUGAUAUUGCUGAUUACAAGGAGAGCUUUAACACCAUUGGGAACAUUGAAGAAAUAGCAUACAAUGCUGUGUCCUUUACUUGGGAUGUCAAUGAUGAAGCCAAGAUUUUCAUCACGGUGAAUUGCUUGAGUACGGAUUUCUCCUCACAAAAAGGAGUAAAGGGACUUCCUCUGAUGAUUCAGAUCGACACAUACAGCUACAAUAAUCGCAGCAAUAAACCCAUUCACCGGGCCUACUGCCAGAUCAAAGUCUUCUGUGACAAAGGAGCAGAGAGGAAAAUCCGUGAUGAGGAGAGGAAGCAGAACAGGAAGAAAGGGAAAGGCCAAGCAUCACAAGCUCCAUGUAAUAAUUCAGCUGAAGGAAAGUUGUCAGCUCUCCCUCUGCAAAAAAAGAGUGACAUCACCUACUUCAAAACAAUGACUGACCUGGACUCCCAGCCAGUUCUCUUCAUACCAGAUAUUCACUUUGGAAACCUACAAAGGACUGGACAGGUUUACUAUAACACAGAUGAUGAGAGAGAAGGUAGCAGCAUCCUGGUUAAAAGGAUGUUCCGGCCUGUGGAGGAGGAGUUUGUCCCGCUGCCUUUCAAACAAAUGAAAGAAGAAGGACUGAAAAGAGUGCUUCUGUAUGUGAGGAAAGAGACUGAUGAAGUGUUUGAUGCUUUGAUGCUAAAAUCACCCACCGUAAAGGGGCUAAUGGAAGCGAUAUCUGAGAAAUAUGGGCUUCCAGCAGAAAAGAUUGCAAAACUUUACAAGAAAAGCAAAAAAGGGAUAUUGGUAAACAUGGAUGAUAACAUCAUUGAGCACUACUCCAAUGAGGACACUUUCAUCCUGAACAUGGAGAGCACAGUGGAAGGCUUCAAGAUCACACUGACUGAGAUCUAGCUCAGCUCAGGGCCCUUGCCUGAGGAGCCACAGCAUUUCAUCCUCGUUGUGAAGAGCAGCAGUCCCCAGGAGCCUUGCAGAUUUGUCAAUGCUGACCAGAGAAAGUGUCACAAAAGUACAUUGAAAGUAUCGCCCACUCUGUUAUUCCACACUAAAAACAAACCCAACACACAGUGACUUGAGUCUGUCAGGUACAAGGCCAUGCAUGUUCACUUGGUCUUUAUUUAUUGCUCCCCCCUCUUCAAUGUGUAAGCGAUUACCGGUGCAGUCAUGCCGAGCUCAUGUGGAAUAGCAACGUUUGAACCCCCACGUUAAAACAGCACAGUGCCUUCUAAAUUAAGGAAAGGAAUUACAUUGGGCCAAUGUGGAAAAUCUGGUUGAAAAUCACUUUAGCAAUAGCUCCCUCCACGAUCAGUUGCCAGAAAAUCUGAUGCUACUAAUUUGUGCAUGCUAAAGAUGGGGAAAGCAGCCAACUGAAUUCGCUUGCUCAGAAAUGAUGCCUAUUGCUCUGUAGUACAUAGUCUUGCCAAAUACCUCUGGUAGUUCUCCGUAUGUAGCAAUGAGGCUAUGUAAGUAAGGCAUUCAGCUACACUGUAAUUUGUAAGUAAGCUGGAAAAAAUACCAUUUUAACCUUGUAUAUAAUGUUUAUAAUAUGCAAUAAUAUAUUUUAACCUACUGUAUAUGGGCGUGUUUACUGCCACUAUGUUUUUUUGUUUGGAUUAAGGGUGAACUGAGUCUCUGUCCUCUGAGAGGUUUAGAUUUCUGCAAGCUGCUGAGGGGUGAGGCUGUGCUGGGCAGCUAAUAUUCACAUCUGAUUCAUGGGUUUGGUUCAGUAUUUAUACUGGAAUAUUUACAAGUAUCAGCCCAUAUGCCUCCCUGGUGUAACUCCAUUAACUUCAAAGGGCUAAGUUUGGGGAUGAAUUUGGUCCAUUGCCUCUCAAAGUUGAAUGUACUGGGAUUGUUUGGUCCUUCUCUUGCUGUCUAUUUUUUCUCCAAAAUCCUUUUCUUUCCCUCUCAAUGCUGAUCCCUUUCAGUCAUGUUAUGGCAGUGAUCACCUACAGAAAUAUUUUCCCAGCUUAAUAGGCCUGAUUCUCUGUUGCCUUGCACAGUCUAUGCAAAGGUAGGUGUAAAAUGCUGCCAAUCUGAUCUGGUGUUCUUGUUUUAACACUUGCUUUGUACAAAUGUAUGCUCCUGACCCUGCACAGAUGCUCAGUUAUUCACAUGUGCAGGCCUAUGAAAUCAGAACUUCACCAUCGUAGUUCAGCAUGUGCGUAAUCCUUUGCAGGACUGGAACCCAGGCAAGGCUCGGGAGAAUCAGACCCACCAUAGCCAGAAUCUGCUUUUCACUGUAUUUCUGCCUCUGUAUCUCGUUCUCCAUUAAGUAGGGCUGGCAGGUGUUUUGUGGCCUUUUCAUACCACACAUAGUCCCCACAUGGCUGCUUUCCCCACCCACCUGUCAUGGUGUUUAAGAGUGGACACUCUGAGGAAUAAGAAGCUUAUGGUAUUUAAGUUUGGGUUUUGUUUGGAGCAAGGAUCUAUCCUGACUUGAGUUUCUGACUCUUUGUAAAAAGAAGUGAAUUCUGGCAGGUGAGAGUCAGGCCUGAGUAGGAUGCACAGGCCUACUGCGUAGUGGGGUUUACUCUUGAGUUUUUCUUUUCUAAGUGGAAGAUGGAGGCCCUAUUGUUUGGAAUUCUGACAUCUCAACAGGGUCUUUCAAUCAGUCACAAGGGCUCCGUUGGGCUACUCAUGUGCUUAAAGUUAAGCCUGUGGGUAAACAAGCAUAAGGGCCCUUUGAUAUCAGUCAAGCUCUUUUAUCUAUUUUAACCAUCUGUGGCUUUAGAUAGGGGAGUGCUUAGCAGUGCACAGCAGUGGCAGAUGUCAAUGAGGAUUUUGGAUUGACCGAAUCGUUGACAUAGAUAAAGGCCAAGCAAAACCUGCAUAUGCAGCAGCAGUAGCAACGCUUGGGUUACUAUUGGACUUUGCAUUCCCUUCCACAGGAACGUAUUUAUUUCUUCUCAUCUGCAUAACUGAUAAGAUAUGAGUGUGUGUGGGUUGCAGUGUGUCCCACUGCCGGAGCACACUUUUGCUUGCUAGUCUAGGACACAUGAGAACUGCAGAGCUUUAGGAAAUGUGAACAGGGGUUCUCAGGUGCGCUCCCGCACUGUCUGCAAAAUGAGGAGGUGCACCUGAGAUUAACUGAAAUUUUUUUGUAAACAUACACUUUAAAAUAAAGUGUUUAAGAUCCUAAGAUGGUCACAGAACAGCCAAAUCCUUCUGGCUUUACUUGCAUAGGUAGCCAUACUGAACCGAAAGGCCUCCUAAAGGCUGAGUACAGCAAACAGGAUUUGGGCUGAUAUAGAGAAAGAUUUAACAAUGACUAAUAUAUCUACAUUAAGGAAACCUGAUAGUCAUUUCUUCUUUAGCGUUAUCUAUCGGUCAUGACCUGAAGUUUAGGGGGCUCCAGUGGAUGGCAUCACAAGUACCUAAAGCCUUACAGAGAAUACAGCUUGCUGCCUUGUUUUAGGUUUUAGUGAGAGCCAGUGUUCCCUCUAUUUUUUUCCAUCAACAUGCAGAAUACAUUUUGUUAUGUACACCAAGUAGGAUUGCCAGGUGUCUGGUUUUGAACUAGACAGUCCAG